GAGCGUGACACCCCUUUUUGCCUACUUCAAUCCCCUCGUUUUUCCUCUUUGAGGAGCCAAUCAAAGAGUUCCGUUCCAUCGGUCGCCCCUGGCCUCUUGUGCAACUACAAAGAGGUGGUGUGGUACUACUAGUAUUCGUAGUACCAUAAUAAAUACCCAAGUGUUUUGUAAUAGACUCGAAAGAAGAAACAUGAGGAGCCAUGGCAAGCAGAGCACGGUCGUUGGAGGCAGCCACGAUCCUUACUCCUCUUCUUCGGCUUGCAGGGACGGUCACCCCUUGUUGGCUGGUGAGAGUAUUGCCUUGACGGCAGAGGAAGAUCCGAUCCGCCGUCGCCUCUUGGAUCACAAGGAGCAAAUGGAAGUCAUGUUCUGGCAGGAGAUUUCUCACUACAAGACGACAGACUAUCUGUCGUUCCCAGCCAGCCUGCCUCCCAUUUGCGGCGGAGGGGAGCGUGAAGGUGUCAUGGCCGAGCAGUGGAGGACCCGCAUGUGCGAGUGGGCGUAUCAGUUGGUGGAUCACUUUGACUUUCCUCGCCACAUUGUCGGCACGUGCAUGAACUUUCUGGAUCGGUACCUGGAGCGAUACUUUGCCGCAGAAGGUGGCGCACCAAAGAUCCAAAAGCGACACUUCCAAAAGGCCACCAUGUGCUGCCUCUACUUGGCCAUGAAGAUCCGCGGGCCGCACAGUCGGAUCCCGGCGGCCUACAUGGUCCAGCUCAGCCGCGGCACGGUCAGUGAAGAAGAAAUGGUCGACAUGGAAAAGGAUCUCCUCAAGACUCUCUUCUGGUUGGUGAAUCCUCCCACCGCACAUGACUUUCUGAAACACUACCUGUGUCUCUUGCAGCCCAACUCUUUCCAGACCACCGCUGGCGGGGUGCCCAAGAAUCCUCGUCUGUCCGCGGUGGAAGACUUGGCGUCCUUCUUGGUGGAGCUCUCGGUCUUGGAUUACUACUUUAUCAACUUCAGACCUUCCACUCUCGCUUUGGCGGCGCUCUUCAACGCAAUGGACGAAGAUCCAAACGCUACCGCCUCCACCAAUCCCCUCUUGUUGAAAAGCCAUACAUUCUACCAUGGCUAUGAACGCUUGAUCCUGCCGGGAGAAGAACAAGCUGUGCACAUGGCGCGUCAACGCUUGGCGUCGCUAUACGGCAAUGCUGGUUCAACAGAGGAUAGUGAUGAUGAUGCUGCUGCUGUUGACGAGUCGUCUCCAUCUAUGGAAGAUGAAGAGGACAAGGAUGAUGCCCGCACCAACUCUCCUGUCAGUGUCACAAACACUGGUGUGCACACUGCCUUUUAUGAGCAGUAGGCCAACAAGAAUACUACUACUACUUACUCCAAGCAAGCAAGCAAGCAAUCACUCUCAUCAACAUUGAUUUGACCCUACACUCAAGGAACGGCCCUCAUCAUGGCCUUCUAUAUCUACCUACCUACCGUACGUACCCAAAACUUGAUAGACUACCAACCAACACAAAAACACAGAAAAAAAGGAAAAAGGCGCAGAAACCCCAAAAGAAAAAUAUGCAUGCUGACACCACUAGCAUGUACGGUACCCAAACAUACAUACAUACAUACACUGAUAACACUCUACUAGCAGACCAUUACAAAGAUG